AUGCCAGCGGGACAGCGGCUGCGGGCAGCAUUGAAGCCGCCCGAGGUAGGGACACUCCGUGCCGAGCGCCGUGCCAUUAUUCGACCACGCGAGGAGGUUGAGGAGCCUGUCGAGCCGACACGGAAACGAACAGCCGAGUUGCGGCCGGCCGCGGGGAACGACGGCGACUCGGGGGAUCCGACCGAGGAAGACGUGUUACUACAGGAAGGCUGCCGGUGCCUCCGAAGGCAUGGGAGAUGUACGUGCCAAGAGGAUCAGGAGUGGUUGGACUCCAAGCGAAAGCGGCCUGCGAAGUACACACCGCCUCAUGCCAGGCGCGCGGUGCUGCAGCCCGCCGCGGAGCCCCCCGAAGCCGAGCCUUCGAAGUGCAGCUGCCUUCGCCGCCACGGCCGCUGCACCUGCCAGGCGGAUGACCGUUGGCUUCAGAAGAAGCGGCGCUGCCUCGCUCCCUACGUACCACCCUUCCGGAAAACUCGCGAGAGCGAGCUCGAGAGGAAGCGCCAGGAAAUCGCAGCCAAAGCCGAGGAAGGCGAGCCGCCUCCUCCCCUGGCGCCCAACAUGCGAACCCUGGCGCGGCGCUGGGCGCCGCAGCUCGAGAACAUCGGGCGCUUCCGGUUCAACCCACUGCAGAUCGAGGGCAGCAUCUUGCUGGACGAACCUGGAACUGAGGCCGAAUGUACAGAGUCGGCCUUCAGAUGCCAAGGGCUGAAAGCUUUGCCAGUGGUGCAGUCCGGGAGCUACCAGUUCGAGGUGGAGCUGCUGCGCAGCUGCCAGCUUGCGGUGGGCUGGAGCGGUGCCAUGUCCCUGGCCACGGCGUGGGAUCACCAGGCUUUCGGCUACUCCUCCGAUGCGCGUGCCAUCCACAAUGGCGAGGCAGAAGACUUUGGACUCCCUUUCGGGCAGGCCGGAGACAUAGUUGGAGCCACCGUGCGAUGGGCGAAAGGCUGUCAGGUGGCGAUCUCCUUCGCCCUGAACGGGCGAGAUCUGGGCGUGGCUUUCGAGUUUGGAAGCGAGGCGGAGGGAGCGAUCCCCUUGCAGCCACAGGUCACGCAAAGCGCCUCAGGUCUACCCUUGCACGUGCGCCUGCGCGGCAUGCCGGAUUCGCCCCUGGCCUUUCCUCAGGCUGGGACCAGGCCCUUGGGCGCGGUCUUGGACUCCGACUUCUGCCCCUUCAGCCGGGCCGUCUCCGAGGCAUCGACGGAGCGGGUCGCCGCCUCGAUAACGGAGGACCAGCUUCAAGCCUUUCACGUGCCAGACUCGCAUGUGGUGGAGCUCUACGACUUGCCAGAAGGAUCAUCCAGGGGCUCCACUGAGAAUGGGUGCGCAAGGUCCAGGUGGUUGGCAUCCUGUUUGGCGCAGCAGCUCUCGUUGCCGAAGUCUUCCUGGCCGAGUGCCAUCUGCGUCCGCGAGACAUCCGAGGGAGCCUCCACAGCAGUUGUGGCGCUGCGGAGGGCAACGCAUGCCUGCGAGCUGCUGACGAGGGCUGCUGAAGGCACCCUCGGCUCUGGAGACACCUUCCUCCAGGUCCGCGCCUUGACCUCCGCCACGGCGGCCACCAGGGAGAGGUGCCGGGGUCAUGAGCAGGUCAAUGGCUUUGUCGAGCAGUUUUUGGGAGAACUCACGGCAAUUUGGGAAUGCUAG